AUAUUAAAAUAAAAAAUACUUUGAAAAUAGUAUAUUUUGGUUUAUUUGGUUUUAUAUUGUUGAGGAAUAUUUGGUAAAAAGUGAAAGGAUUUUACGGAAGUGACGUUUUAUUAAUAGUGUUUAAAGUGCUGUUUAAGGUCGAAUAUAAAGAUUCACCAGAAAAUAAAUCAAAAAUGCACGUAAAACCGUUGUUGGCAAUACCCGUGUGUUUAUUUGGUAUCUUCGUGUUUUGGAUAACCGGUUCCAGCGGUCUUUUCAUCCCAAACCUGUCAGAGCGUUGCUACAGAUGCCUGUGCUAUGUCUCAACCCUGUGCGACAUGGCUCAUGGCUGCACAGGAGGCUACUGCGGACCCUUCAACAUUUCGAGGGUCUACUGGGUUGAUGCUGGCAUGAUUACCUUGCCUGAUGAUGACCCGGAGAGGAAUCAUGCCUGGUCGGACUGCGCCAGGAGUUAUCACUGCGCCAAAAGGAUCAUUGAAGGAUAUUUACAGAAGUUCGGAAAGGACUGCAACGGUGAUGGCGUAACGAACUGCUUUGACUACAUGAUGGUGAACGGCAACGGGGGCUAUGGGUGUACGGCACCAUUGAACGGCUCAGUCAAUGGGAGACGAUGGCUCAAACGCUACGAAGAGUGUCGGAUAUAAGACUGAUAAUGCAAUGAUUACUACUUAAAUACUUACUUACAUCCAAACUAAUAUUAUAAAUGCGAAAGUAACUCUGUCUGUCUGUCUGUCUGUCUUUCUGUCUGUCUGUCUGUCUUUUCUUCACGCCUAAACUACUGAACCGAUUUGUGUGAAAUUUGGUACAGACAUAGUUUGAAACUUGAGAAAGGACAUAGGAUAGUUUCUAAUACAAAAAAAAAUAAAAAUAAAAUUAUUCC